CCACUCUGUAGACAACCACUCUGUGGUCAGUGGUCAGUCAUGUUUUGUUGCUUCGCGUAACUUAGCCCAAGUUAUAGUCUUAGGAUCGUCAAGGAGCAAGUUUCAUACCCGGUGAAAAAUGCAACGCGGAGUUAAUUAUAAAACAGCGGAGCGCGUUCAACUUGUCACGUGAUCAUGUUUCACGUUCGGCAACAAACAUGUCAGCUCCCAACAGUCAUGCCAAGGAUCCUUUACGCGUCUAUGGGAUUUCUCCAUUGGUUGGAUUUGCACUCCAAGACCCAGAAGAAAAACUACCGAUCGAAUUUCAUCCGUGGAUAGAAAUUCUACAUGAUUCUGAAAAUCUUCUGAAAAGUAAACAGUUUCGAUCGAGAGUGGAUCAGCUAUCAGUGUUGGAUUAUGAACGGCUGAUAAGCUACAAGCACCAAAGGUUGGCUAGACUUGUCCUCUGCCUCCUUGUGCAGGGAUACGUUUGGCAGGAUGGCGACGCAGGUGUGCUACAGAGCAUUCCAAAAUGCCUUGCUGUUCCAUUCCAUAAGCUUUCAAUGAAACUGGGUUGGCCAGCGAUGAUCACGCAUGCAGAUAUGAUGUCCAACUACAAAAAGAUUGACCCCAAUUGUCCACUGGAGUUAAGUAACUUGAAGCUCAUCUUCAGUCUGUGUGGUGGAAAGAGUUUUGAAUGGUUCUUCCUCAUCCCUCUACAGAUGGAAAUUAACUUUGCUCAGCACAUUCUUCCUCAUAUUCUACAGAGCCGAGAAGCUAUUGUAAACAAAGAUACUAAAACCCUGGGCGAUGCUUUAUGCAAGUACUCUCACGGAGUAGAAAUGAUGACUGCAACCUUAACUAGAAUGCAUGAACACUGUGAUCCCCGUGAAUUUUACAACUUUAGGGCAUUUUUAGCAGGGUGGCAGAGUAAUGUAUUCAAAGGUGGUAUAAUUUAUGAAGGCAUCUCCAGCACACCUGUAAAGCACCCUGGUGCUAGCGCGGCACAAAGUUCGACACUGCAUUGCUGCGAUGAAGUGCUGGGUGUGAAACAUGGAGAGUCUGCCUGGACCUUCCUCAGUGAAAUGAGGCAGUACAUGCCACCUGGGCACCGAGAAUUCAUUGCUAGUCUUGUUAAGGGACCAUCUAUACGAGACUUUGUGAUAUCACAAAAUGAUGUGGGUUUGGCAGAAAGUUACAACAAAGCGUUGCUAUCACUUGUUCACUUUAGAGAUUAUCACAUCCAAGUUGUAGUCAGAUACAUUGUGAUUCCGUCCCAUCAAACAGACUGCAAAAAGAGUCAUGAGAGCUUGGCAAAUGUAGGAACUGGUGGAUCAGGAGUACUUCCCUUCCUCAAAAGCGUGCGUGACACAACCAAGGCACACUUGCUCCCUUUACCAGCAUAACAGUGCUAAACAUUGUGUCCACAGACAAGCCAGAGCCAAGACAACCUAUCAAGGUUCUUGGAGGGUAGGUUCUCAGUUGUACAGUGCUUUCAUGCACUCGAUUUGGGUUAGACGGCACCUACUAGUAAUUGACAGGGCAUACACAAGCCAUUUCAACUAUAUCUGCACAUGCAUCUAUAUAUAUAUAUAGACAUAUAUAUCAUCUAUAUAUGCUUACACAGUUGCGUAUUUCGCAACGCUUUGCUGGUGCAGGCAAGAAUCAAUAUUUUUUGCGUGUAUGGUCCAGUCUGCUGGGUAUAUGUACCCACAGCACCUGUAAAUGUUUGAUCAGGUUCCUUUAACCUAACGUGUUUGAACUUCUUUUUUUACCAUUUUCUCACUUACCACCAUUUUAAACUUAACAGCAAGUGUCUGUAGCAAAGGUAAGAUGUCUUAGAACACUCGUACAUUAUAUCCAUCAGGACGUAUGAUUAAAAAUUCGAAUCGGUUUUCAAUAUCCAUUGUUUUCUGAUUCGCUAGUGCCAGAAGCAGCCAUCCAAUACAUCAUUGCAAUAGCAACAGUGAUAUUGACAAAUUGGUCAUUUUCACUAGCAAUUUUGGUUUGCGCAAUAGUUUAUUCGUAGUAAAUGAUAAUAUAUCAGGGUUAGAAAAUAACUUGCCAGGCAGAAACUACUUACUGCCAGAGAAAGAGACAGACAGCAAAUUUACUCACCCAGACAGAAUCUUUGGUGCGUUUACUAUGGUUUAUUAAGAAUUUCUCGGCAGGAAGUAUUUGCUGCCAACAUUGAGAGCAGGCAGAAAACUGACCCUUGUAGGCAGCAAAACUGCUGCUGGCUGCCCUUAAUUUCAAACCCUGCUAUGCUAUACUAAGUCAAGGUGGAAGGUGCAGUGUGGAGUAGGAAACAGAUAAUGACAGUGGCAAGUUAGAGAAAUCUAGGAGGAAGCAGCUGGAGAAAUUAUUAGACCAAUACUUAAUUGAUACAAUUUCAUACAACACAAAACAGGUGCACUUGUGUUUGUAGCUAUAAUUAUGUUCAAAUUCCAUUUUCGUGAAAUGAAAAAAUGUUGGAAUUUUCUGUUUAAUCAUGCUUUUAUAGCUCAAUCAUAACAGCAUAAAUCCUCUGUAAUUUUCGAGCUUAUGCCAUUAUGAUUAUAGUUUUAUUACGUCAUCUAAUCGACAAGACAAUGUUUUACUACAAGUUUUUAAUGUUGGCUGUAUUUGAGAUAUACAUAUUUGAAAGACAAGUCUAUAAUUGAAUGGGCUUCCAUCAAUUCUCCUUGAUUAUUUUUUUAUAUCAUGAUUGGAAUGUGUUACGAUUCAUAGGUUCUAUGAUAUGCAAGUGCUAUGACAACUAAAAUUAAUUCACCAGGGAUGCUUAGUCAAAUACUGUUCAAUAUGACAUCUGCAAACGUCUUGUGUAAAUCUAAAAAUUUUGCUAUAACCAAAUAUUUAGGAGAAUGGAAUGCAAUAGAUCAGUGAUAUUUUGCAAUUAUAUGCAGCAAAUAAAAUAAUAUUUAUGUUAUUACCAUUA